AUGGGCAAGUACAUGAAGAAAUCCAAAAUCUCCGGCGACGUCGCUGCCCUCAUCAUGGAGGCGCCACCGCCCCACUCGAACCUCGGCGUCCGAACCCGCGCCAAAACCCUCGCCCUCCAAAACUCCCCCCAAAUUCCCGACCCCUCUGCCUACCUCCAGCUCCGCAGCCGCCGCCUCCUCAAGCUCCCCCCAUCCACCCCCGAAAAGCCCCGCCGCUGUGCCGCCUCCGAUUCCAACACCAUUUCCCCUGUCCCCCAACCUGAACUCCCCAAAACACCCUCGUCUAGCUUCGCUGAAAAGCUCGCGCCUUUGGAAGAAGACAACGUCGAAUGCUCCUUAGGAGAAAAUUUCCUAGACGUCGAAGGCAGAGACGAAAGAAGCACCAGGGAAAGCACACCUUGUAGUUUAAUAAGGGACCCAAAUGUCAUUCAUACCCCUGGUUCAACCACAAGGCAAAAGACGCGUCAAACAAAGAAAGAACACAUUCGAAGCAGCACCCCAUCGGAUAGUGAACUGGACGAGUUCUUUGCUCAUAUAGAGAAGCAGCAACAAAAAAUGUUCAUGGAGAAGUACAAUUUCGACUUUGUCAAUGAAGUACCUCUGCCUGGACGGUACGAAUGGGUCCCAGUACUCCACUAG